AAGUCACGUGAUUUUUCCAAGUAUCGUCUGGCGGAAGUAGUGAUUAGAAUAUUCGUCCUAGUUAAAUUUACGUUCGAAGCGUUUUUCUUCGCUUCGAUUACAAAAUGCUUACUUUAAUGAGAAAGAGUAUUCCUGUCAUUGCGUGUAAUUCGACGAGAUACAAUAUAGCAUGCAGCUUAUCCACUAGUCCAAUCUCAAAUACUAAAGUUGAAGAAAAGAAGAAAACACUCUCAAAACCAGGCCUUAAAAAUAUCGUACUUGUUGAAGCAGUUCGCACUCCGUUUUUAGUAUCUGGAACACAUUACAAUGAUUUGAUGUCAUAUGAUUUACAAAGAAAUGCAUUUUUGAGUUUGUUAAGAAGAACAGGAAUUUCCAAAGAUGCUGUAGAUUAUAUUAUUGCUGGAACUGUUGUUCAAGAAUCCAAAACUAGCAACAUUGCUAGAGAAGCCGCAUUAGCUGCCGGAUUUUCAGAACAUACUCCCGCUCAUACGGUGACUCAAGCUUGUAUUUCGUCCAACCAGGCAAUUACUACAGCAAUGGGACUUCUCGGAACGGGCCAGUGUGAGGUGGUGAUUGCCGGAGGUGUCGAAUUUCUAUCUGAUGUACCCAUUCGAUUCAAUCGUUCCAUGCGUAAAUUUAUGUUGUCGGCAAAUAAGGCCAAAACACCAGCAAAAAAAUUAAAUAUGCUUCUUAAAUUUAGACCAAAAUUUCUUGUUCCUGAAUUGCCAUCCAUAUCGGAAUUUUCAUCGGGAGAGACAAUGGGCCAUUCUGGAGAUCGUCUUGCCGCAGCUUUUGGAGUUUCUCGAAGAGAACAAGAUGAAUAUGCCAUACGUUCUCACACCUUGGCAGCCAAAGCUAGUAACGAAGGUCUUCUUUCUGAUGUGGAACCAAUUACAAUUCCCAAUAAAGACAAACCGAUAGAAAAAGAUAAUGGAAUACGUAUUUCUACAUUUGAAGAAGUUUCUAAACUAAAACCUGCAUUUAUUAAACCUCAUGGAACUGUCACUGCUGCCAAUGCUUCAUUUUUGACUGAUGGUGCAUCUGCAUGUCUUUUGAUGACAGAGGAGAAAGCAUUAGCCCUAGGUUUCAAGCCAAAAGCAUAUUUGAGAGACUUUAUUUAUGUUUCUCAAGAUCCUAAAGAUCAGUUGUUAUUAGGACCCGCUUAUGCAACACCCAGACUACUAAACAAAGCUGGUCUUUCGUUAAAUGAUAUAGAUGUGUUUGAAUUUCAUGAAGCUUUUGCCGGUCAAAUCUUAGCAAAUCUGAAAGCUUUGGAUUCGGAUUGGUUUGCAAAAAAUUACAUGAAGUUACCUUCAAGGGUGGGUGUUCCCCCUCUGGAAAAAUUUAACACCUGGGGUGGAUCUCUGUCCAUCGGCCAUCCAUUUGGAGCCACGGGAGUGAGACUGGUGGCCACCGCUGCAAACAGACUCAUCAAGAAUGGCGGCCAGUUUGGAUUGGUGGCAGCCUGCGCUUCCGGCGGUCUGGUAAGUACUAAUGUCAGUCAAUGAUUUUAAAUGUUUUUCACCAGUAAAUAGCCCGCCAGAGUUUAAUCUUGGACGUAACUUGGUGUAAAUAAAAAUUAUGAAAUCAAAAACCAUUGCAUUUUUAACAGAAGUAUAAAACGAUAUAGAAUUUUGUCUUUUCAAUUUAUAAUUUAAUUAAAAUACUGUUUAAACCUUGGCAAACUCAAAAACAAACAAGAGUAAUCUGUGGAUUUGGUAAAU